ACGUGACAACGCAUAUCAGGACUGCGUCUUCUUGCACAUGCGGACUAGCAACACCGCACAUGUUUCACCAGAGAACCAGCGCUCCGUUAUAUCGUUAUAGCUUUAUACGCUCCGCUCUCAACUCAUCUUAGUAUUGCACCAUCUUGACCGUGCGAGCGCGGAAUCGUCUCGUAUCGCUCCCCGCGAUACGGGAUGGCGCCACAGUUGAAUGGAGCCCGGGCAAGGCGGCUCAAGAUCGUUACAGAGCCAGUGCGCGAACGAGAGACGUUUAAAUACUACUCAACCCUGACCACUGGAGGUACGUCGAACCAUAGCGGUGAACCGACUUCGAGUUCCGAGCUGUCGAGUUGCGACGACGCUGUCCUUACGGCCCUCGCCCAGGCCGGAGCCUUCCAGACGGGGACUGAUCGAUCGCUCAUUUCCCUGUUUGAUUCCGAUAACCAAUAUAUUGUCGCCGAAGCAACACAAUCUUCGCGGUUGUUGCCAUCAGUGAGGAGCGGGGACUGCCGCCAGCCCCUAUGGCUGUGCGGCACCUCUAUUCCUCGCAGCCAUGGCGUCUGCGAGCUUAGCCUCCUCGGCGAGAACACCACCCGGACAGAUGAGGCAAGGAGCGAGACGUCGACGGAACUACCACUCACCCUGGCGGACGACUUGGUCAUAGAUCCUCGAUUUUGCUCCAAACCCUACUGUCAACCCGGAACCCUGUGCCGGUUUUAUGCCGCCGUACCCAUCCGAACGCGACGGGGCAUCAAUAUCGGCGUGUACUGUGUCAUUAAUGAAACUCCAGGCAAAGUCUGGACCGAGGAGUAUACUCAAACAUUACGCGACAUAUCCCAUACUAUAAUGGAUCAUCUCGAGUCAAAACGAUUGGGAGAUUUACAUAGAAGGAAUGAACGCAUGAAUCGAGGCUUAGGGUCCUUCAUCGAAGGCAAAUCGACGCUAUCCGGCUGGCAACCUGGCCCUCAUGCGGCAGCUUUUGUCGAUAAACCCGCAUUUGAGGGUGACCUUAAUCAUAAACAACAGUCCCUGCAGCUCGAACAAAAUGACCUGGCGAAUAAUGCUGCCAAGUCUGGAAUAUUACCCAUUGCGGCAUCAGUCGAUCCAACCGUUCCUCCUAGGCAGAACGCGGAAGCACGGUCAUUUGGGGGUUCUUUCCGACAUAUUGAACGUCCGUUAGAAAAUAGGGAUGGCAUGUUGGACUGUGAAAGCCCAACUGGUGUCUUUUCGAAAGCUGCCAAUAUUAUCAGGGAGUCAACAGAGGUUGAAGGAUGCUUGUUUGUCGAUGCCACGAUGGAGGCUUAUCGAUCUCCAUCACGGACUAGUACCAACGUCAACUCGAUGGGACUAUUUUCUGCGGCAAGCAGUAGCGAUGACAGUUCAGAUCAUGCACCUGGCGAGCAAUCUUGGCGGCAUUGCAGGGUACUUGGGUAUUCGACUUCCGAGAAGUCAAGCAUCGACGGAGAUUCAUCAAAGCAACAUGCCACAGCGUUGCCGGAAAAAUUUCUAGCCAAGCUGCUGCAGAGAUAUCCUAAAGGCAAGGUUUUCAAUUUUGGCGCAGAUGGAGUGCUUCAAUCCUCUGACUCAUCCGAAGAAGAUGGGAACUUCUCGACGUCAGAGCUUACUGAAAUACUUCCUUUACUAUCUGACAGCCGGGACAAUAUGCCUAACGUAUCCAUGCGUGAUAAAUCUCUAAAGAAGCCAUGGGCUCGACACCGAGAGGGGAGCGUUCUCAUGAAAGCUUUCCCCGGUGUUCGAAGCGUCGCAUUUACCCCGGUUUGGGACCCGAGGAAAGAUCGAUGGUAUGCCGGUUGUUUCAUCUAUACCAACAUUCUAACCCGAAGCUUUACCGUCGAGGGUGAACUAAGCUAUUUGAGAGCAUUCGGAAUGCUCACUAUGGCUGAGAUCUUGCGUGUCAACGACUGGCAAGUUGAUAAAGCAAAGUCUGAUAUUCUCGGGUCGCUCUCACACGAACUACGCUCCCCCCUUCACGGGAUUAUAUUGAGCGCCGAAUUACUAGGCGACACAAGACUCAGCGUCUUCCAAGGUAACGCCGCUCACACCAUAGAAGUAUGCUCUCGCACACUUCUCGACACUAUAGAUCAUCUCCUCGACUAUUCCAAGAUUAACAGCUUCGCGAGGAGGGGUUCCAAAUCGAAAGUUAGUCGCGGACCUCAACCUGUUGCAGUUGUGGACGACUCGGGACAAUUUUGCGAGAAGAGCCUAACGUGCAACACUCAGCUUGACCGUCUUAUUGAGGAAGUGACUGAAAGCGUUUUUGCUGGCUAUACGUUUCAGUACUUGUCCAUUACGCAGCCUUCUGUAAGGCAAGCCAAAUCGAUAGAUCGCGACGGCAUGGCCAGUCACCAGUCAAAUCCCAUGCAAACUAUAGUCCAAUUUGACCCGGUACCAGCUGCUGGUGUAGGGUUGAGCCAAGAAUUCGGAGAAGUGUCAGUUAUAUUAUCUAUCGAUGCUCGCCAAAAUUGGUCUUACUUUGUUCAAGUUGGAGCUAUUCGCCGUAUUGUCAUGAAUAUAUUCGGCAACGCAUUAAAAUACACGCUUCGAGGCACAAUCAAAGUCUCCUUAACGCAAGAGAGACGCUCUAUCCAACGCAGGGGGAAAGAGCAGGUUGUCAAAUUUACCGUUCAAGAUACAGGGAAGGGUAUUAGCCCCGACUUUCUCCAACACGAGCUCUUUCGUCCGUUUAGCCAGGAAGACACUUUAACACCAGGUACUGGCCUCGGCCUAAGUCUUGUGAAGCAGAUUGUGUCGCAGUUGCGAGGAGAAGUCUCGAUACAGAGUCAAGUUGGUAUUGGGACUACGGCAUCCGUCAUUCUCCCAUUAGAGCAGGUUUCGCAAUCUCCAGAAAAGGCCCUUCUGGGCUCAGAAGACGAUCAAAUGUUUGAGGAGCAGGUCCGAGACCUUAAAGGGCUGCGUAUCGGGCUUUCGUUGUCGAACCAUAAUGGGGACGGUAGCAUCUCCGACUGGCAGAAAUCAGUACCAGACAUUUGCCGCGAAUGGCUUAUGAUGGAGAUUGUCUCCAACAUGCCUGGUACAACUACAGCAGAUAUUUUGCUGUGGUCGCAAGAUGAGCUGCCAAGCUUGUCUACGGACAUACAGGCGCUUGCCAAGACCCCUAAUGUGGUUAUCUGCCCCAAUGCUUUGGUGGCUUAUCGCCAGUCGCAGAUUUUUGAAGCAGCUGAUUAUGCUGCGGUUUUUGAGUUCAUUUCUCAACCAAUCGGUCCUCGCAAACUUGCUCGGGCGCUAUUUCUUGCGUAUACACGAUGGAUGAAUUUCUCCGACUCCCCGACGAGAAGUUAUGCAACCCCAUCAUCAGUCAAACGACCGGACAGUCUUCACAGGACGCAAAGUUCCUUUACUAUAACGAAUACGAGCAGGCCAGCUGGAGGUAGAGUGUCAUCGUACUCACACAGCGCCAGUUCGAGCCCCACAGACUACGAUGACACGUCGGUAUUCUCCGAUGUGAAGGACGAAACGUCGGUGAACUCGACGACACCUGACGAACCUUCGACUUCUGAACCUCCCGAUCCAUUCACCAAGUUCUUGCUUGUCGACGACAAUCAUAUCAAUUUGAAGGUGCUGUCCACUUAUUUGAAGAAACUCGGUGUAGAAUAUGACCUUGCAAUGAACGGAAAAGAAGCGGUUGAUCUGUUUUGUCUAUCCUACCGUACGUACACCUGCGUUUUGAUGGACAUUUCCAUGCCGGUCAUGGAUGGAUUCGAGGCUACGAGGUAUAUACGGGCCCACGAGGUUCGGGAGGAUCAGCAUCGUGUCCCUAUCAUUGCGCUCUCCGGUCUGGCCUCGGAAGACGCCCAUCGGGAAGCGAUUGGCAGUGGAAUGGAUCUUCUCCUUACGAAGCCAGUCAAAUUGAAAGCUUUAGGCAGUUUAUUGAGCUCGAUGGGGAUUAUAAACGUUUAGCCAGCGACCUUUGAAUGAAACCCGCUCUGUUGGUCUUGCACCGCACGCGGAGGACUACUUUGAACAAGGGUCUGAACGUUGCAAUACGCACGUGCCGUCACGACCAUGCCAGAUUGUGGCUACUUCAAUUGAAUGUUCGUGUCAAUGUAUGAUCCUGCAUCCAGAUGUAGAGGCUGAGAUCCACCCUACUUUGCACCCGAAAUUUUUAUCGAAGACUAGCGCCAACAUAGGCUGCAAAUCCGUUUGCUGGCUUCAUGGCCCGAGCAGUUGUUUGUCCAAGGCUAGAUUUAUACAGUUUUGAUAUGCUCUACGAUACUGCAAUUUCUAAUGUCGGCUGACAAUAGAAGCGCAAUGCGUCUCUAUAGCCGACACUAAGUUUGAAUCGGAGGUGGAUUCACGAACGAGGGCUAAGGCGCGGACCUAAUGGUCGCUGCUGUGCUGGUAAAAAGCAAGGCAUCGCGACAUCCGAAAGAAGAAGUACUUCGUGCCGGACGCAACACUCCAGCAUACGCAUCUCGGAAGAGGCGAGUUGGGUAUGUAGGACAUCAUGCUGGGGGUGCAGGAGGAGGUAUUUCUGUAGGUUUAAGGCCCGCCCGGGGGAUAUAUGAAGGGAAUUGUCGUGGAUGGGCAUGUUUGCAUUCCUAACGACGUGUUUGUGAACGAUGUGAUAGGCGGUGAGGCGAGAUUCGAUGGUGUGGUGAAGGUUUAGUGGCUUGUUCGCUGAGUUAGCGACCUUUGUGGUUGAUUUAUCUGUCGUCUGCCUGUUCAUUCCACAAUGCCCUAGCAGAUAACGAAGAAACACGUAAAGCGUAAAUGCGGACUGAGAAGAUUAUGAAACAAAUCCCAAGAAUCGAUCCUUAUGUCAUUGUUUGGAGUUUGGACAAUUGAGAAAAAUGUAGGAGCAUCUGACGACUUUAUAUUUUAGAAUGGGACUCGCAAGCGUCAUCAUUACUACGGAACAGAAGCUAGGAAAUCAAUGCACGGUAGAUUUAGUUUUUGUCAACUCCUUGACAAAAAAGCCAUCUAAAAAGAGAGUCAGUGACAAAAUGUACCAAAGCCAUGGAAAUACAUACUUAUAGCAGUUGCUCGUGAAGAAAUCCGGGCUAACUCGUCCAAGAUGCGUCAAAUCGACAUGUCCAACGCCAUGAGCACCAUCUAUGAGACUUAAAAUUUGCUGAGUUUUGCAAGUUUCCACCAUUGCUUCCCACGGAAAUCGUGCUCCAGGGAAAGUGAGUACCGUAUCAAACAUGGCGAGCUUGACUGUCUUUCCGUCGUUUUUCAAAUCCUCUACCGUAUUAAUAAACUUAGAAAUGAUAUCUUCAUCCUCUUCCGGAUAAUCGAUAUGAACACAUACCCUCUCGAUAUGCUCAGUUUCGCACAAGGAGUCGAUCGUCUUCUCACACGCUCCAUAUAUUGUGCUGAAGUGAAUGAUCACAUCUCCCUUCUGAUAUACGAGGUUGCGUAGGA